GGGUGGGGAGGUUGGGGCCGGCCCCGGGGCUGCGGCGGGCGCCUCGUCCUCAUUGGCUGGCGGCCGGUCCGACCCGAGUCCGGAGCCCGCGUCCGCGUUCACUCAUCUGCGCGCAUCGCAGUCCGGCCGCACUUACCUGCCCCGCGCGCCUCGCCGUCCCCCCUUCCUUCCCGGCCCGGCCCCCUCGGGCUGGAAGCGGCCGCUCUGGGACGCGCGGAGGGGGGUGGGCCAGGCCGCCGAGGGAGGUGGAACUUCCCAACUCCGCACUUGCAGCCGCGCACGCGGGGCAGCGGAGGCCGGGGAAGGGGCGGGGAGACCCUGGCCGAUCCGCAGCCGCAGGCGGAGGAGGGAGGGCGGCAGCCGCAGCUCCGCGGCCGCCCCGCCGCCCGCCCGGACUCGGCUGCACACGGAUCCGCGCCCCGGGCAGCUGCGCCCUCGCCGCCGCCUGCGCCUUCGCCGAGGCGACCCGGGUCGCCGGACGCAGCCUCGCCUCGUCUCGUCGCCGCUGUCUCCUCCCCGCAGCUCGGGGACGGCUCCGGAGCUGCGACGCUGGACGGGGCUCCGGGGUCCGGACCGGCAGCCCCGGAGGCGGCGGAGGCUCCGCGCCUGCGAGCGGGUGGGUGAGCGGGCGCCCUGGGCGCCCCUUCCUCCCGCCGGCGUUGAAUCUGUGCCGCCCGUGUCCAGGUGCUGGGCUUCCGGACGGACGCGGACCCCCUGCCGCCGCCCGCAGCCGCCGGGCCAUGCUGCCCAAAGCGGAGACGGAAGCCCUGGGCUCGGCGCGAUCGCAUGGGGAGCAGGGGCGGAUGCCCGAGAACAUGCAAGUGUCUCAGUUUAAAAUGGUGAAUUACUCCUACGAUGAAGAUCUGGAAGAGCUCUGUCCCGUGUGUGGAGAUAAAGUAUCUGGGUACCACUAUGGGCUCCUCACCUGUGAAAGCUGCAAGGGAUUUUUUAAGCGAACAGUCCAAAAUAAUAAAAGGUACACAUGUAUAGAAAACCAGAACUGCCAAAUUGACAAAACACAGAGAAAGCGCUGUCCUUACUGUCGGUUUCAAAAAUGUCUAAGUGUUGGAAUGAAGCUAGAAGCGGUGAGGGCCGACCGCAUGCGCGGAGGAAGGAACAAGUUCGGGCCGAUGUACAAGAGAGACAGAGCUCUGAAGCAACAGAAAAAAGCCCUCAUCCGGGCCAACGGGCUCAAGCUGGAGGCCGUGUCGCAGGUGAUCCAGGCGAUGCCCUCCGAGCUAGCCAUCUCCUCGGCGAUUCAGAACAUCCACUCUGCCAACAAAGGCCUACCUCUGAACCACGCUGCCUUGCCUCCCACGGACUACGACAGAAGUCCCUUUGUAACGUCGCCCAUCAGCAUGGCGAUGCCGCCUCCAGGCAGCCUGCAGGGCUACCAAACCUAUGGCCACUUCCCUAGCCGGGCCAUCAAGUCGGAGUACCCCGACCCAUACACCAGCUCCCCGGAGUCGGUCCUGGGCUACUCCUACAUGGACAGCUACCAGACCGGCUCCCCGGCGAGCAUCCCCCAGCUGAUCCUGGAACUGCUCAAGUGCGAGCCGGACGGGCCUCAAGUCCAGGCCAAAAUCAUGGCCUACCUCCAGCAGGAGCAGGCCAACCGGAGCAAGCACGAGAAGCUGAGCACCUUCGGGCUCAUGUGCAAGAUGGCUGACCAGACCCUCUUCUCCAUCGUGGAGUGGGCCAGAAGUAGCAUCUUCUUCCGGGAGCUCAAGGUUGAUGACCAAAUGAAGCUGCUGCAGAGCUGCUGGAGUGAGCUCUUGAUUCUCGACCACAUCUACCGGCAAGUGGUCCACGGGAAGGAAGGCUCCAUCUUCCUGGUUACCGGGCAACAAAUGUCAAGAACCUUGAGAACUUCCAGCUGGUGGAAGGUGUCCAGGAACAAGUCAAUGCGGCCCUGCUGGACUACACCAUGUGCAACUACCCGCAGCAGGCGGAGAAGUUCGGGCAGCUCCUCCUGCGGCUCCCGGAAAUCCGGGCCAUCAGCAUGCAGGCCGAGGAGUACCUGUACUACAAGCACCUGAACGGGGACGUGCCCUACAACAACCUUCUCAUCGAGAUGCUGCACGCCAAAAGGGCUUAAGUCACAGCCCGUAGGAGCUCUGCUUUCAACACAUUGGGGGGAGGGGGGAAAACAGGAAAGGAAGAAAGAAAAUACUCUGGACCGCUCCAAGCAACACUAAGAACUUGGUUUAAAAGAUAGUGAAUUUUAAAAAGGCAUAAUAAUCAAGUACUUAAUAGCAAAUAAAUGAUGUAUCAGGGUAUUUGUAUUGCAAACUGUGAAUCAAAGGCUCCGCGUCCCCAAAGGAUUCCAUAGAAAAGAUACUGUAAUGGAGUGGAUCAGACCCACAGAUGGAUGCCCACACCAUGUCAGAAUAAAAUCGGACAGAACAGUUCUUGUAUAUUUAAACUGAUCUCCGCUGUGAAGAAGUCUAGGAACUGGUCUGUGUUACUGAUUAGGCUUACACAGUGGGGGGCUUGAGCUCACAGAAUUCCUCCAUGGUAAAGCUGAACUGACAGUUCUCAAGGGUUCAUCAGCCACACGUAUCAUAGGGCCCCCCCACUCCCCCCGAGGACCCAGCCCCUCCUGUGCUGUGAUCACGGACUAAGGACUUGAGCUCAGCCACACACUCGAGUAGCUCCAAUUUUGAAAAGCCUAACUUUGGAUGUCUGUGUCUCAGACCUGCAAACAGCUAAUGAGUCUGUUAAUAAGGUCAGCUUGCCAUUCUAAGUAGGCUCUGAGUUGUUUUGUCACGUGCUCACAAUGUUAAAAAAAGAGAAAAAAAAGUCAGUAUCCCUCCUGUGGUCUUAAUAUAAGCAUUCAUUAACAUAAAGGGAAAUGACAACGACAAACCUUUAAAGCAAAUGCUCCGUAGUAAAUAAAGCAAGCUAGACCUUACUUCUGCUGUUACUGAACUGUGGCUUUGGCAUUACUGAAUUUCAUAGAAACUUCUUGCCAAAAGGCUUGUUAGGAUACAUCAGUCUUUUUGGUCAUCAAAAUGUAUAGUUCAUUUAAAACUAAAACAUGAAACAUAUUUUCUGAGACGUCAAAUAGUCGCAGUUCUGAGUGGUUGAGAACAACAAGCAUGUUAAGCUAUGCAAAAAGCAGGGUGAGCUGAUUAUUGAGUGAUGCAAGGGUCGUUCUCACUGCAACUGAACAUCUUUUAAACAGGGAGUGAAAAGGGUGAUUUUUACCUAUGGGUUGGAAAGAUACUAAAGUCACUCAAGUCCUCCCCAAAAGGGGAAAGAAAGAGCGUGCUGCUGAGCUAAGUCAUAGACCAAAGUCUGCCAUAGAACAAAUAAUGUUGGAGGACAAAGAACUCCGAACAGUGAUGUCAGUAUUAUUAACAUGCAAGCAUAACAUAACAGGUAUGGAAGUCUUGCCUUAUUUCACAAUUACGAGGUAGCUGUGCAGACGUGGAUCAACAGUUGUUUGAAGUAAAGUAUUAACACUUUAAAGUCAAAUAAAAUACAGUGUUUACAUUCUUUAGGUCCUGGGGCAGCGGCGGGGAGCACAGUGACAUUACAAAAUAGCUAAAGUGGUAAUUUCCUUAAUAUUAUUUUUCUGAUUGGUAAUUAUUUUUUACAGGUUUAAUUAUUGUAUGUCGUGAGACACUAAAAUCAAAAUGGGAAUCUCAUUUAGACUUUAAUUUUUUUUAGAUUAUCAGCGGCACAAUCACUUGUAGAAAACUGUAAAAAAAAUAGAAGUAUCUCCUAGUCCCUUAAUUUUUUCAUAAAUGUUUCUGGCUUUUGAAUAGUUUAUUUAUAUUGUAUAUCAUAGUUUCAACUGUAGACAAUUACGAUGCUAAUUUAUUGUUCCUCGGUCUCACCUUUUGUGUAAGAUAACAGCCAAGACUGAAGAAACCAAAUAUAUGUGUUUACUGUAGCAUGUCUUCAACUUAGUGGAACAUAGUUCAGGGACAGAGAAGGGUCUUAAUGAAUUAAAAUCAUUCACUUGAUUAAAUGUCUGUAAAUCUUCAUGAUUACCAUAGUUUAUUUAAAAUCUGAUGUAAAUUAUGUGACAAGUAAGUAGCUUCCUCGGUUUUCAAGUAAAUUUAACAAGGGUGGAGUCUGACCUGGUUUUCCUUUCCAGACCUUGUAAGUUAUAUACCAAAGAUACUAGUUCUUACCCUGUGUGCACAAAGAGGAUCAUUUUAUUACUUUUAUCAUUCACCUCAAUGCUCGUCCACAUGAAGGGCCUGCGUGAGCCGAGCUGAGCAUCCGCAGGCCCUCAUGCAGGGUCUCCGCCACCUGGCUUAUCUUCAGGGCCCCGAGCCUAGCAAACAGCUGGUCAGAGCCCAUAGCCCGAGCAUUAAACCAAACAGCAGUGUCGCUGUCCCCAGUUAGAAGCCAAGUGGGCUGGAAGACACGUGCGGAGCAAGGCUGGUGUCAGUGGCUGAUGCACCAGCUCCGGCAGGCGUGUUGGAACAGGAGGCGGUUACAAGAUUGAGGACAGCUCUUUGGAGGGUCUUUUAACAUUGCAAAAAACCCCUAAUAUAUUGAUUCUGAAAGUCCACGUUUUCUUAUUUUAAAUCUGCAGUACAGUACUCCCCACUGAAUGUUAAGCCUAAAAAAUGUCAACUAGUGGCAUGUUGUUGACCUAGUAAAUUACACCCUAAGACAGUCAGAAAGGUGGGCCACAGAGUUCCAUGCACACUGCUGGUGACGGGGACAGAAGCUGGUGAACAACUGUGCCGUGGCCAGCGUCUGUGGCCCAUUCAGAGUUGGCCAAUGAAAUGUGUAAGCAGGCAUCAGAACUGCCUUACCGGUCACAGGAUUUAUGAGUCAAAGCAGAUGCCAAUACAGUGGCUUUGGCUCAGCCUGGUCAAUUACAUUGGUCUGCGUUUGUAAACAGACCAUCUGUGAUGUCUGAAUAUUUGUGUUGCAAAUCUGCGGCUACCUUGGGUUUGAGUCCAUGCAGUGCUUAGAGCGUGAAGUCGCUGACGUCUUACUGUAUCAGUGAAACCCAUGUUGUCAUGUCAGUUCUUGCCAGGAAUUUCUCAACAGAAAUGGAAUUUUCUUUCAGUAUUUCAAUAAAUGUUGAUAUGCCCA